UUAAGUCUUCGUAACAGAGAGUUUGAAAGCAAGGGAUAGUGGGGACACAGGAGAGUGUCCAGGGAAUUCUAUUCUAUUUGUACGUGAAUGGUAUAGUAGAAGACAUCAUUGUGGAAAUGUGAUUUAUCAUUGUCAUUAGUCUUGAUUGUCACAGCGUGCGACAAAAAUCAAAUAAAUUCGAAGUGAUGUCAACCAAAGUUAGACUUAAAAAUCAAUUGAAUGAGGGCAAGGUAGUUUACAGACCCGAACCAAUGAGGAGUAACGACUGUUUCUACAUGUAAUUUUGAUGUCUCUCAGAACACAAGCUAGUUUACAAACUCCAAUCAAGCAGUCAUUUUGUGCAUCACUAAGGAGAGAUGCCCAUUGGAAAUGCAUGAUCCUUACCUUACUCAUAUAUGGGUGUUUGUCAGCGAUCAUCUGGUGUCGUCUUGCUGUCAUCACUACGAUAACCGUUAGUUACUAUGGUCAUCGAAUGGCUAACACACAUGUGAGCAAGUCUAAGCCCUGUGAGGAUGGAUACAUUUAUAUUCCUAUAGCUUUCGUCAUAAUGCUGUACCUUGUUUAUCUUGUGGAAUGUUGGCAUUCUCACACCAGACUAGAACUAAAACACAAAACGGAUGUAAAUGCAGUUUAUGAAAAAAUACAACAAAUGCAAGAAUCUAUUCCUAUCAUAUGGUGGAAAGCUUUGUGUUAUCAUUACAUCCGCAAAACGCGUCAUGUGACUAGGUACAGAAAUGGUGACUCUUUUACAAGUACCCAAGUAUACUACGAACGCGUCAAUUCCCACACGGCUGGAUCUGCAUUCAAUUUCACACAAUGUGGAAUCAAGGACGUAUCCGCAUCGCUUACCGGUCUGGAGAAUUUUCCCGCUACAAAAAUUAGAUUCACAAAAGGAUAUUCAUUCUUGUGUUCCGAAGCAGAAUACGAAUUUGAUGAACAACGAAAUAGAUUUUACCGAGAUAAUGAAAGACGGGAUGACUAUAUAGAGACAAGGGAGGGAAUGGAUUUACUCAAUGUAAAUUUCAAGCAGUACAUGAUUGCUUUCAGAGAUCCCGAUAAUCUCCCUUGGUAUGUGUCACAUGUGAUCUUUUGGGUUGCUUCUUUUCUUUUAUUGUCUUGGCCUUUGAGAGUUAUCAUUGAAUAUAAAACUGCCUAUGUUCAUUACCAUGUUCAUAAAAUUUUCGGUUCAAAUUAUUUAGAAAAUGAUAUCGAGUCUACGCCUAUGACACGUGUCAAUACCAUGGGGAGUUCAGAUCUAGAAGUUGUGUUACAGAACAAUCAUAUCGCCCCAAGUUACUCCGAGGCCUUAUUAAUGUCAUCUGGUAGGACAAUAGGGAUCGCAGAUGCAAAUGGAAAUGUGACAAGAACUAAAUAUGGUGCAACAAGAAGUGAAACGUUUGCUGCUCUCUCCUCUGUUGCUGAUAACAAGGAUUCUAUCAGAAGAAUUCGAUCUGGUACCGCCCUUAACUUUUCACCAUGCAAUAGCUUUUGCAUUGUUAAUGGUGGCGUUGUGUUCGAAAAUAACCAUAUGCAAAAUGAUAGUUAUGCAAAUUCUCGUCGCAAAGAAACACGAAGGUCGUUUGUAUUUUCCAGACAAAAUGAAUUUCAUUCAUCUCUUAAUUCCCCUACCGACCCUUUAGUAUAUGUAAACCCUAGCUGUGAUACAGCCAGACUGUUGCGACCAAACUCUGAAGCAGAAAGAUGUCACAAUCAUGACCCACUUCUGUAUCAUAAUAACUAUGUUGGCAUUACGCCCGCUCCCACAAGGAAUUAUCGCUGUUCUGAAGACACGAACACACGCCACGUAAUCCCAGGCGAUCCGCCCCCUGAUUAUCAACAAGCACUUGUAAUGCAGAGACCAAAAACGGUUCCUAAAGGAUCACAGCAGCCUUCGCUUCCGUUGCCUAGUACAAGAAUUGUCAUAGAGGAGAACGCAUAUUUGCAGUCAGUGCCAAAUCGUAGAAACUACCAUACCAUGAUGGAAACAUCGUUAUAAUAUGUUAUAUUCAUGUGUUGUUAAUAUAAAUUUAAAUAAAAGAAGACUUACUUGUCUCAUCAAAAGGUAGUGUUUCCUAUUCAGAUACCAUUUAAGGUUGUUUUGUUUAUGCCGUAUGCAACAUGAUGCUUUAAGUGUGUAAAAAUGCUUUUCAUGUUAUGUACCAUUGAUAUACUUAAGUUGAUAUUAUCUGUACUUGAGAAUAGCAGAAAUGCAUAUUUCAUCUGUGUGCUAUUGAUACUGAUAUGAUGUUUUACGUAUUUUUACUUCACUAUGAAAAGAAUUUUGAAAGUUUACAAAUUGCACAUAGAAUUGUCGAACUGAAAAUAUAAGACAGAAAUAUAGGCAAAGCUUGUUGUAUCGAACGAAUGAUUCAAUUAUAAAAAAUUCUACUAGUUUGAAUAGUGAAAUGGAGUGAAUGGUUGAAAAUAUAUUGUUAUGAGAGUUACCCAACGUACAUUUAAUUAACCCAAAUCCGUCUCUGUACAUUAUAUACAUGUAGAAAACAAUCAUAAACCUGGCUUCUGGGAAAUUAAGAAUUCUGUUCUAAAUUCCAAUCAUUUCGUAGUUCAAGGUUUAAAUAGUUAAUCAGAAGGCUAGAAUUUACAUAAAGCAACAAAAAACUUUCUUCACUUGUGGCAUUGAUUUAUACCGCUGAUUCACGAGGAUUUAUGUUCGUGCACACAGAACUAUAUCAAGACUGAAAUCAAUACAUUGGUCCAUAUUUUAUGGUCGUUUUCCAACUGAACACUAUAAAUAUUCCAUUCUAUGAAAGCGUUUAUAGGAAUAAAAAUAUACAAAACCU